AUGUUCGGACAAAGCACAUUCGGUGGUGGAGGUUCCCUCUUUGGCGCAUCUACCACCCCCGCCUUUGGUGGGUCGACAUUUGGUGCUCCAGCAGCCAGUACGGCGCCCACAUCCACUUUUACUUUCGGCGCACCGACCACCAGCACUUCCACCUCUGCGGUGCCGAGCUUCGGGGCCACGCCCGCAUUCGGAGCUGCCACCUCGACGCCCUCCCUGUUCGGUGCUCCCGCGGCCACCACGACGCCCUCCUUCGGAGGCGGCGGCUCCCUCUUCGGCGCCCCCGCCGCCUCCACCAGCACCUCGAGCCUCUUCGGCGCCCCCGCCGCCCAGCCCGCCGCCUCCACCGCCGGCGCCUUCCCCUUCUCGUUCUCUGGCGGUGCUGCGGCUCCGGCGGCGGCUCCCGCUACCGGCUCGGCCUUCUCGUUCGGCGGCACGUCGGCGACCCCGGCCUUUGGCGCCGCCCCGACCAGCAGCGCAUUCGGCGCGGCGCCCGCGGCCGGCACGAGCGCCUUUGGCGGCGGCGGCGGCGGCAUGUUUGGCGGUGGCGCGCCUGCGGCGGGUGGCGUGCAGGGCACCACCAUCGCACCCUACACGCCCACCACCGAGAAGGACACCACCUCCAACACCAUGGUCACCAUCCACAACAUCUCCGCCAUGCCCCAGUACAAAGACAAGUCCUUUGAGGAGCUCCGAUGGGAAGACUACCAGCUGGGCCGCAAGGGCCAGGGCAUGGGCCAGGCGGCGGCCGGCGGAAUGUUCGGCAGCGCCGCGCCCGCAGCGGGCACGGGCCUCUUUGGCGCACCGGCCAGCGGCAGCGCGUUCUCGACCACCUCGGCGCCCUCCACGGGCUCGAGCCUCUUUGGCGCCCCCGCAGCGUCGACCGGUUCGCUCUUUGGCGGCGGUGCCGCGACGGGUUCUUCGCUCUUUGGCGCCUCGAUGCCGGCCACGGGCACCACCAGCCUCUUCGGCGCGCCCGCGGCCUCCGCCGGCACCACCAGCCUCUUCGGCGCCACCACCUCGGCGCCCACCGCCACGUCAAGCCUGUUCGGCGGCGGCGCCACCUCCGCCUUCGGCGCGCCCACGGGCGGCGCCGCUACAUCGAGCCUCUUCCCCUCGUUCACGGGCGCCACCGCGGCCGCCCCGGCUUCGAGCGCGUUCAGCUUCGGCGGCGCCACCACGCCCGCGGCCGCCCCGUCGACCGGCGGCGGCCUGUUCGGCUCCACGGCGCCCUCGACUUCGCUCUUUGGCACCUCCACCUCGACCGACACCUCGUCUUCGCUCUUUGGCGGCGGCACCUCGUCCCUGUUCGGCGGCGCUGGCACCGGCGCCGCGACCGCUUCGACUUCGCUCUUUGGCGCCCCGGCCGCCUCGACCGGCUCUUCGCUCUUUGGCGCCACCAUGCCCUCCACCGGCGGCGGCCUCUUUGGCGCCCCGGCCGCCUCGACCGGCACCAGCGGCGGCCUCUUUGGCGGCUCUUCGCUCUUUGGCGGCUCCACUCCGUCGACGCCCUCGGCCACCACCAGCAGCAGCUUCCCCUCUCUCGGCGGCUUCGGCGCCGGCACCACCUCGGCCUUUGGCGCCCCGGCCGCCUCGACCGGCUCUUCUUCGCUCUUUGGCGGCGCCACGACCGGCGGCACUGGGGGCCUCUUCCCCGGCUUCGGCAGCACCACGCCGUCGUCCGGCCUGGGCGGCCUCAUGGGCGGCGCCGGCGUGCCCGGGGCGGGCACCCUGGUGGCCACCAUCGACUCGCCGCGGCCCUACGGCUCCCUCCCGCCGCUACCGCCGCUCACCGACUCGGACGCCGCGCUCGCCUCGGCCGCGCAGACCCGGGCCGCGCUGGCCAAGCCCAAGCACUACAAGCUCACCGCGCGCUCGCCCGCGGCCGGCCGGUCGCUGGGCUACUACCAGAACCUGGGCGGUGGCGCCGCCGCCUCGAAGCGGGUCUCGUUCAUGGGCGAGAUCGAGCGCAAGGACCUGACCGCGAGCCCACUGGGCACCUCGGCCUCGACCCCCGACGCCUUCACCCGCCGCAAGCUCAUCCUCGAGACCGACGAGAACGUCGCCAUGCCCGAGAUCUCCGAGUUCCGCGUGACCGGCGGCACCCCGCUCGUCGACCGCCGCGCCAUGGCCGACCUCCCGCCGCAGGCCACCCCCUACGCCCCCUCCGCCGCCCCCGAGCAGGCCGCCGGCGUCGUCGAGCGCGAGCGCGUGGCGCCCACCAUUCAAAUUCAGCCGGCGACCCCGUCGUCGCCCGUCGUCGGCCUCUACCCGACCCUGCCGGCCCGCGAGAUCCAGCAGUCGCCGCAGUCGCAAUCGCAGGCGCAGCAGGCCGCCGGCGACACGCCGCUGCCGGCGCGCACCCUCCGCAAGCCGGUGGCCGAGCGGCCGAUCGUGAACUACGACCAGUUCUCGCGGCACGUGCGCGACCAGGACCGCAAGCGGGCGCCGGUCGACGAAGAGGUCGAGCGGCUGCUGCCGCGCCUCGCCGCGCCCGGCUACUGGAUGGAGCCCGGCCUCGACGAGCUGCGCCACAUGACCAAGGCCGAGCUGGGCCGCGUCGAGGGCCUCGUCGUGGGCCGCGAGGGCUACGGCCAGAUCGAGUUUCUCGAACCGGUCGACGUGCGCGGGGUGGACCUCAACCAGCUGAUCGUGAUCGAUCGGCACCUGAUCACGGUCUUCCCCGACGACGCGACGAAGCCGCCGCGCGGGCAGGGCCUGAACGUGCGGGCGCGGCUGACGAUUGAGGAGGCCUGGCCCGAGCACCGGGACGCCGAGAGCCUCGAGGAGUACGAGGCCUUCCUCCGCAAGCGCGGCAGCCGACGGAAGCAGCGCUUCGUCGCCUACGACCGACAACGCGGCGCCUGGACCUUCGACGUGCCCGGCUUCUAA